AGUCUUUUGUCUGAGGGAGUGGGUGACACGCCAGACUGCUGUUCCCCCCUCUGGCCAGCAGGUGGGGCUGGUCGCUGUGGGCAGACAGCCCAGUGGCAUGUCGUGUACAGUUGGAAUAAGGCACACGAACGCGCCUCUGAUGUAAUGCUUAGUCCAUGCUGAGUUUCGGAUCGAUUAGCAAACAUCUGAGGCGAAUGCUGCUCGCUGACAUGAUGAAACCACAAGCUUGUGACACAAAGCACGCAGCGGCAGGACAAGGGAAGAGCAAUAAGAGUCGGCUGGUGGACACAUUCGUCUUAAUUAUAAAGAGUCUCUGCAAAGAGGGUCCCCUCUAGCUGUUGUAGAUAUGAACCUAGGGUUCAAGGAGGUAACAAUGCUUGAUGGACUCCGACGGAAGCACGCCUCUCGCCCUUCCCCUCGACCCCUGUCACUCAACUUCACCACCUUCACAGCCCCUCCCCCAAGCCCAGACAUGGACAGCAGCGACCAUCCCAUCCGGAGAACUCUGCACAGGCUGAAGCUGAUGAGCUCCCCCAGCCUCAGUGAGCUGGGUAAGAGCGACAAAGGUUCGCCAGAAGAAAGGGGGGAGAAGCAGAAGAGGGCAGGAGCCAAUGCCACCUGGAACAGCAUUCACAAUGCCGUCAUUGCAGUAUUUCAAAAGAAGGGUCUGGCAGACAAUGAACUCUACAUCCUCAAUGAAGGUGUUCGACACUUGCUAAAGACAGAGCUGGGGUCUUUCUUCACUGAGUACCUUCAGAACCAGCUGCUAACAAAGGGCAUGGUCAUUCUUCGGGACAAAAUAAGGUUCUAUGAAGGCCAGAAAUUACUAGACUCUCUGGCAGAGACUUGGGACUUCUUUUUCUGUGAUGUUCUUUCAAUGCUGCAAGCCAUCUUCCACCCAGUCCAGGGUAAGGAGCCCUCUGUUAGACAACUGGCCCUGCUUCACUUUCGAAACACCAUAGUCCUGAGCGUGAAGCUAGAGGAUGCCCUGUCUCGACCACGGGCCCAUGUGCCCCCCUCUGUCACACAGAUGCUGCUCAUUCUACAGGGGGUUCAUGAACCACGUGGCGCUAAUGAGGACUACCUUAGACUGGAGUCUCUGGUUCAAAAGGUGGUAUCCCCCUACCUGGGCACUCAUGGGCUUUGCUCUGGAGAUGGUAGCGAGGCCCAUUGCUGUGUGCUAGAGAAGCGUUUACAAUGGUGCUGGCCCAAGCCCGUGGAUCAGCCAUCGAAAAACCCAGUGGUACGAUCUAAAAGCUACAAUAUCCCCCUGCUGCUGACUCCUGUGGCUGAAUAUGACCCAGAUGCAAGUUCUGUUGGUAGUGGUGGGAUUCGUCGCCACUCUGCUUGUGAGAUCAUAUCUUGCUUGGAGGAACAAGGACUACCCUAUGCCGACCUGGCCUCUGGAUCCGACUUGUCAAGCUCCUCAUCCAACAGGCUCUGUGUGGGCUCACAGUUCAACGGUAUCAUACAAGGAGGCGCCAGUGCCAUGGAGUUGCCCCUUUCCUCUUCUUCCAUUCUGCCCCUCCGUUCAUCAGGACCCCUCCAUGGGACAGAAGCCACGACAACACUCACUGAUCUGAGUAAGGGUGCAUCUUCGACACCUCCCAGUGGAUCAUCCAGCCCUGAAACCAUAAUUGGGCAAGUGCUAGAGUCUGCAGACUCAGACUCAGAUGGGAUAUUCAUUGAUUUCCCGCCCCACUCCUCAGAGACUGUGGGCUACAGCCGGGAGAGUAGGCAGAGCACCAUCUAAAUGGGCUUGUUGUGUAGGAGCAGUUGCAGGGCCAGGCCAGUGCCCAUUUGCCUCCCAGUAUGUACGUAUAACUUUUGGAGCUCUUAAGUCUGGAUCUUCCUGUCAUGGAAUUUCUUUGACUUGUUUGUGUUAUUAAUGUCAAAACAGAUGUUGGGGUUUUUGUGGGUUUUUUUGUUGUUGUUGUUUUUUACACUCUGUUGUCUAAUGUGUGACAACAACACACUAACGAGGUGUUCUGUUCUAACCUUGACACAAGACACCAAGUCUUACAAAAACGGGGACAUUUGAAUGGUUUUCACUUUCAUUACUCAUUAAAGUCUAAUGCAAAAAAUAAAAAGUUUAUCAAAGCAAACGUGAAUGUGACGACAUAUUUUUCAUCUGCUUCUCUGUAAUAGGCUCGCUAUGGCAGGAGUUUAAUGAAAAAUUAUUGUUUAUUGUUUACAUUUGACAAAGAAAAGAACAUUUGGGCGGAACGUUGUCUCGUACACUGUAUUAAGGCACCACUACGUUGUAAAUAAGUGUGUUGUCAUUUUUUAGGACACUUAGGUAUUGUGAGGUGAGCUUUUAACUUAAGAUGAAUUAAGGUUUUGAUAAGGGCUUUUUAACUGAAGCUUUUUUCCAAUGUUUUACCUCAAACGUUUUGUACUUUACUUUUUGACAAUCUGUGUUAUCUAUGAGGCUUUAUCUAAGGUUGUAAUUUCUAUUAAUUUGUUA